ACUGCUAGUAUACUUUCGGCUUUAACACGUUAGUUUCACACGUUUUUGCUUGAACCGCCUUCCAUAUCCGUAAAGGGGCUUUGCAAAAACCGCGCAAACACCAUACUUCCGGCUACACUAUUUGUACAACCUUCUGCUGUAAUGUAAGGUUUCUCAGGUUAAACUUCAUUUUCACGGGGGGGAUAUGUUAAUAUUUCAGACUAUUAAGUAAGCUAACAUGAAAUGGCACGAGAUAUCAGCAACUCUUGGAAAACUACUGUUAUAAUCAGCACAUCACCUCAGUGCGAUGAGCCCUCGCAGAUUCUGUUGGCACAUAAGCACAUAAUUCGUCGCUCGGACAGCAUUCUGCCUUCUUCUUUUGUAUUUCCGAUGUCAGGCACAGCAUUUUUGCUUGUCACACCUGAAGAGUUUCCUGCAAAUUCUGAUAAUGCGGAGCUGUUUGAGAGAAUUGAAAAGUUUACACAGGUUCACAGAAAUAGUUUUCUGCUGCUGCAAGCCCCAGUCUACGAGAAAAGGGAGUGGGAGAUUUUGUUAUCGGUGCAGAACAGAUUUCUUGGAUGUAACCUUAGAGUCUUACCUGUGCAUAGUACUACUGAUGUAGUAAAGGGAAUGCUGGUCAUUGCUAAAGCUACAAGCAAACCCCAUGUGGAGAAUUUGAGAGAUCAGAUGGUUUUGGCUUGUGAUCACAUAAUUGAUCAUAGUCCUGUUUGGAAAAUGCUUGAAAACCUGCAGCUGUGUUAAUAUUCUGCUGUUCCGAGCAGUUGUUGUAUUUUCUGUUCAAGUUUUUAAUUGCAGUACUUCUUUUUACCAGAAGAUGUCAAUGUCAUCUUAAAGUAGGCUUUUCAACAAUUUGUUGCAAACCAUCAGCAUGGAACAUUUAUUUGACAUUCAUUUAGAGGCUAUGAACCACUUUGAAUCCACUUUCAAUUUGGUUCAUACAUCACAAAAGCAAAAUUACUAUAAACAAUUUGUUGUGUUGAAAAGCGUUUAAAACUAUACUAAAAUUAUAGCAUAUGUGGAUUUUUGCUAUCAUUUAAAAAAUGGCAUGCUUCAGAGAACAUAAAUAAAUAGAGUGUUCAAGUUUAGAAAGGAGUAAUUGUGACACUUUGUUCAUUCUUGAUUCCCCUCUAUGAUCUCCUCUAUACGGACCACAAGGCUCUCCAUUAAGUCAUAUGUGACCAGGGCGCACUGUAAAACCUACAAUGGAAAUAAAUUCUAUUGUAGCUCAUUAAAUUUUUUUAUGUAUUCA